AUGAAAAUCCUAAGUUGGAACUGUCGGGGGUUGGGGAAUCCUCAGGCAGUUCGAGCCUUGUUAAGGCUCACCCGUAUUGAAAAUCCCCAAAUUGUCUUCCUCAUGGAGACAAGGUUGAAAGCUUUUGAAGUGGAUAAUAUUAGAAAUAAAUUGGGCUUCAAGAAUUGUUUAUCAGUUGAUUGUAGAGGCUCUGGUCGUGAUAGGGCAGGUGGAAUAUCUCUCAUGUGGAUGGAGCAUUUGAGUAUCACAAUAAACUCAUAUUCUCUAAACCACAUUCAUGGUUUUUGUGAUGACGAGGAAACGGGGGAGGCUUGGAGCUUAACCGGCAUCUAUGGUUUUCCGGAAGAACAUAAUAAGAAGAAAACAUGGCAGCUCAUUAGUUCUUUGGCCAGCCAAGUAGCGGGUAAUUGGUUAUGUUGUGGCGAUCUAAAUGAUAUUUUGGACUCUCAAGAAAAACAAGGAGGUAACAUCCGGAGCCAAGGUCAGCUUGCACUAGGAAGACACACUGUUGCUGAAUGUCAUCUAAACGAUCUGGGGUUUGAAGGAUAUCCCUUCACGUGGACAAAUGGUAGAGAGGAGGAUGAAAAUAUUCAGUCUAGGCUGGACAGGGCAUUGGGAAAUGAAGGCUUCAUCAACCGUUUCUCACCCAUUAAGUUGGAGGGCAUUCAAACUUUAGGGGCUGAAUUUCAAGAUCAUAAUCUGGGCACUAUUAAAAAAGAGCUUGAAAGUGUUGAGGGGAAGUUGAAGGAUCUGAGAUUGUGGGCUGAAACAGCAGAGGAUCUUACAAGAUUUAAAGCACUUGAGAAGCAUCAUGGUGAACUCUUAAAGCGGCAGGAAACUAUGUGGAGACAAAGGAGCAGAGCGGUUUGGCUUAAAGAUGGUGAUCAAAAUACGAAAUUUUUUCAUAACAAGGCGAGCCAAAGAUCGAAAGUGAAUGAGAUGAAGAAAAUAAAAGAUGAAGAUGGUGUGUGGUGGAGGGGUGAUCAAAAUGUAGAGAGAGUCCUCAUUAACUAUUUCGAAGAUUUGUUUACCUCUUCAAACCCAUCUAAUAUUGAAGCAACGUGUGAGGUGGUUCAAGGGAAACUUUCUGAAGAGCAUAAGGCCUGGUGUGAGACGGAUUUUUCAAGGGAAGAAAUUAAAGAAGCUAUUGAUCAGAUGCAUCCCCUAAAGGCCCCCGGGCCUGAUGGCCUUCCGGCUUUAUUUUACCAAAAGUAUUGGCACAUUGUGGGUGUAGAAGUCCAAAAUUUAGCUCUUAGUAUCUUGAACCAGAAUGGGGACCCCCGUGACAUUAACAAAACUUUCUUGGUUCUCAUCCCAAAGGGCAAAAACCUGACAUCUCCGAAAGACUUUCGUCCGAUAAGUUUGUGUAAUGUGGUUAUGAAGAUUGUUACCAAAACUAUUGCCAAUAGACUCAAGCUUACCCUCCCGGAUGUGAUUGAUAUAGAACAAAGCGCUUUUGUCCAAGGAAGGUUGAUCACGGAUAAUGCUCUAAUAGCCAUGGAAUGCUUUCAUUGGUUGAAAAAGAAGAGGAAAGGGAAGAAAGGAGUUAUGGCCCUAAAACUUGAUAUGUCUAAGGCUUAUGAUCGUAUAGAAUGGCCCUUUGUGCAGCAUGUCCUAGCAUCCAUGGGCAAGAGAAAAGGAAAUCCAUGGUAUCAAAGUGGCGAGGUCAGCGCCGCAAUUGUCACAUCUUUUCUUGCUGAUGAUAGCUUACUUUUCACUAGAGCUAACAGUCAUGAAGCAACGAAGAUUCUCUCCAUCCUACAAGUAUAUCAACAAGCUUCUGGUCAAGUUGUGAACCUUGACAAGUCUGAGGCCUCCUUUAGCCGAAAUGUGCAAAAUGAAGAUAAAAAUAUGAUCUGCAACAUGAUGGGAGCUAAGGCGGUGGAGGCUCAGUCUAGAUACCUUGGCUUCCCUAUUCCUUUUGGGAGGUCAAAAAAGGUUGUCUUUUCCGUUGUCAUGGAUCGUGUGUGGAAGAAAGUUAAAGGGUGGAAAGAGAGAUUCUUAUCUAGAGCAGGUAAAGAGACACUAAUCAAAGCUGUGGCACAAGCAAUUUCUAACUACAUUCUUAGUUGUUAUAAAAUGCCGGUGGGAUGUUGCAAGGAUAUUAAUUCUAUGUUGGCCAAAUUUUGGUGGGGGUCGAAUGAGGAAAAAAGAAAGAUUCAUUGGAUGAGUUGGGAGAGACUCUCUAGAGCUAAAAAUGAUGGUGGCAUGGGGUUUAGAGGUAUAGAAGAGUUCAACAAAGCCUUGCUUGGGAAACACUGUUGGAGACUAGCUACCGGAGGAUCAUCUUUACUUGAGAAAAUUUUCAAAAGUAGAUACUACCUGAAAAGUGAUUUCAUGUGUGCUAAUGAAGGCUAUCAACCUAGUUAUGCUUGGCGAAGUAUUCUGAGCGCCCGAACCCUUGUUGAGAAGGGUGGUCUUUGGAGAAUAGGUGACGGCCGGAAAGUGAGAAUUUGGAAGGACAUUUGGAUGCCAGACAUGAAGAUAAUCUCUUCUAGGAACAACAAUUGUCCUUUAUCUGAUGAUGCUCUUGUAAAGGAUUUGAUUGACGUGGAUACCAAACAAUGGAAGCGGGACGUGAUUUAUUCUUGUUUUGACUCAGGUACUGCAAAGCAGAUUAUUAGCAUUCCUCUUUCUCUGCGCCUACCGUCUGACACUUUAGUUUGGAAUUGGGAAAAGGAUGGUGCUUAUUCUGUGCGUUCAGCUUACCAUGUUAUUUGUGAUGAGAAGGAGAGGUCCCUUCCUGGACCUUCAGUUACUAGAAAGAACAAGGUUUGGAAGGAAAUAUGGAAAGCCCCGGUUCCUAACAAGGUCAAAAACUUCAUGUGGAGGCUCACCAAAAACAUUCUGCCCACCCGAGCGAAUUUGCAUAAAAAAGGCACUCAACUGUUUUGUACCAUCCUUUGGAAAUUUUGGGCUGCUAGAAACAAUGUUGUUUUUAGAGGAGACAAGUUGGAACCAGUUUGUUUGGUUGAUGAAGCUAUGUCCUUUGUCCAGGAAUUUAAUGAUGCAAACCCUCCUAGGAGAGGCCGAGUUUCUCUUCCUUUGAUCGCCGUCACGCCACCGGUCUCAAGACCAUCCUUUUCUGUUUUUUUUUAUGCUGGCUGCAAUUUGAAUGACCCAACUGUUUGGGGACUUGUGCUUAAAAAUCAUGACAGAAUUACAACUUUCAGUGCAUGCAAGUGUGAUAACAUUGCAGUGGAUCCAAUUAUGGCUGAAGCGUUGGGUGUUCGCUGGGCAAUCCAGUUUGUCCGAGAGCAAGGUUUGCACUCUGUUUGUAUUUUUUCUAAUGCAGAAAAUGUGGUUAACUGCAUAGCUAAGAAGGUGAAGAUUGAUGCCAUUGAGAUGGUAGCUCAAGAUUGUAGGGAAUUGUUGUCUAGUUUGCCUAAUGUUAGUGUCUUGUUUGUUAGAAGAGAUCAAAAUAUUGAUGCUCAUAACUUAGCUUCUUUGGCUAGAUUAGUGGGAAAUAGAACUUGGGUAGGGGCAGCUCCCAAGGCUUCUGUUAUGUCAAAUUAUGCAGAAAAUUCUGCUACUAAUUGUAUUGUGUUUGGCUGUUUUCCAGCCUUUUUCUAA